AUGGUGAGGAGGACUAGUUCGAGGCCUGGCUGGGCCAUGGAGCGCUACGUUGCUGCUGUAUGUGCGUGUCUGGAAGGAGACGUCAAUCUCUGGCCCCGUGAGGUCCCACGCUUUGAAUCGAGCGACGAGCUCCUGCCUGUUCCAUGGAUAACAGUGCUUUUCCGUGCCGAGACCAAAAGUAAUGCUGGCAACACUCGGAAUCCCAGUGUCCACCACAAUACCAAUACUACCCCUUCAAACGCCAACGCAAACGAUUAUCACGGCUCUGUUGACCGUAAUGAAGCCUUAACACGGCAAGUCCACGAUAAAGUGGCGGCAAUACGCUUUUUAAGCCUCGUGGCUCGCUAUCCAGAAUAUUCGUGGCGUGGCAACCCUCUUUUCUGGAAGCACGUGUUGAACGAUAUAUGUGACUCCUCUAGUUGCAACGUGUACUUCCCACCUCCGCAAAGCUCCUCGUUCCGACGUCGAGAGAAGCCUCCAAACUGUGCGCCAGCAAGAAAUGCCGUCGUUCUGCGAAUUUGUGUCUGCGUGCUUCGCUGUAUCGCUGUCUGGAGCGCCAGUGACAACGAGCCUGACGAAACUAAGCUUGAAUUUCAGUAA